GAGCCAACCGUAAGGGACCACACUUAUUCGCAGCAGAAGAGAAUAAAUACCCUGCCCACUGUCCAUGGUCCUGUCGCUCAGGUGGUUGGUGACUCCGUUGUCCGCAUCGUUUUCACUCGAAGUCGACGACAUCGACAAGAAUCAGAAUCGGUCUUCUUAAGACUUCAUAGACCAGAAGAUGCCACUUGUACAUGUUCAUCUCGAAACAUAAAACUGGCAGAGAUAGUAUGACGGCCUCUUAUGUCGAAAUCGAUCGACUCAAACUCAGUCCCCUCUCCCUCCCAUCGAUUUGCCCUUGCCAGCAUGAUCUCUCAUCGAAGACCCAAGCAUUCAGUCAAUCCGACUCGAAACUGAAACUAAUAUUGUCUUCUGAUGGAUCCAGAGGCCUCGUUGGGGUUCCUCGGGACCGGAGGUUGAGUGUGUACGGAAAUUUUCGGACACUUGCGGCUGUCGCCCGAGCUAAACCUAAUCAGAUCGACGAAGGAGAAGCCAAAGGAUUAUCUCUUGAAGUCGACGAAAGCCCUAAUUCGGAAGAAAAAGAAGUCGACGUUGGGAUGGCACGUGAUAAUAAUUUAGCUUCUGAGCGUCAUCAGGGAGUGAGUCAGUUGAAGGAAAGGAUUGUUUUUGGGAUUGGGAUUGGAGUUUGCGUCGCUGGGGUUGUGUUAGCAGGGGGAUGGGUUUUCACGGUUGCUCUGGCUGCUGCUGUUUUUGUGGGUGCACGUGAGUAUUUUGAACUGGUCAGAAGUCGUGGAUUUGCCAAGGGAAUGACGCCUCCUCCCCGUUAUGUAUCACGGGUUUGCUCUGUUAUCUGUGCUCUCAUGCCUGUAUUGACACUGUAUUUUGGUCAAAUAGAUGUUUCUGUGACUUCAGCUGCUUUUGUUGUUGCGAUGGCAUUGCUUUUACAACGUGGAAAUCCUCGAUUUGCACAGUUGAGUAGUGCCAUGUUUGGGUUAUUUUAUUGUGGUUAUCUUCCAUGUUUCUGGGUUAAGCUUCGGUGUGGUUUAGCAAUUCCACCAUUAAAUAGCGAAUUAGGAACUUCAUGGCCUAUUUUUCUUGGUGGCCGAGAACAUUGGACUGUUGGUCUUGUGGCAACCUUGAUUUCAUUCAGCUGCAUAAUUGUGGCUGAUACUUAUGCGUUUUUAGGUGGAAAGACAUUUGGUCGGACACCACUUACUAAUAUUAGCCCUAAGAAGACAUGGGAAGGAGCUAUUGCAGGCUUAGGUGGUUGUAUAGCCACUGCACUCAUAUUAUCAAAGAUUCUGAGCUGGCCAACUUCUUUACUGAGUGCUGCAGCUUUUGGAUUCUUGAAUUUUGUGGGAUCUCUCUUUGGUGACCUCAUUGAGUCAAUGAUUAAACGUGAUGCCGGUGUCAAGGACUCUGGGUCCCUCAUUCCUGGACAUGGAUCUUAUGAUGAAGAAGAUGCUUGGUAGAGGUCGUAGGGUUGGGGGACUAUACCUUUUUGAAGACAAUGCACCUUCCAUAGCCCCUUUUGGGUACUCUGUCUCCUCAUCAGGUUCACUGCCGAUUGGGUCAUCCGUCUUUACAAAGUCUACAGAAACUUGAUCCCAGUUUUAAUUCUCUUUCUAGUUUAGAAUGUGAGUCAUAUCAGUUUGGAAAACUACAUCAUGUUAGUUAUUCCCCUCGGGGAAAUACACGGUUUGCAUCUCCUUUUUCUUUGGUACAUUCAGAUGUAUGGGGUCUUUGCCCUGUUACAUCUAAGUUAGGUUUUAAGUAUUUUGGCACUUUUGUUGAUGACUACUCCAGGACGACUGGCUUUAUUUAAUGAAAAAUCAUUAUGAGUUAUUUACCAUAUUUUAUGAUUUUGUUGCCGAAAUAUAAAAUCAAUUUGGCAUGACUAUCAAAAUUCUAUGAAGUAAUAAUACAAAGGAGUACUUUUCUGGUCCAUUUUCUAAGUUUAUAGCUAAGUGUGGCAUGAUACAUCAAUCUUCUUGUUCAGACACUCCCCAACAAAAUAGAGUGGCUGAACGAAAGAACCGUCAUUUGAUGGAGGUUGCUAGGUCACUUAUGUUUGAAAUGAAGGUAUCCAAAUAUUUUUAGGCCAAUGUUGUUCUCAUGGCUGGAUAUCUUAUUAAUCGUAUGUCUUCCUCUGUUUUGUGUGGUGGUAUUCCCCAUUCCUUGCUAUUUCCUUCUGACCCACUUUUUGUUCUUCCCCCUCGUGGUUUUGGUUGUGUUUGCUUUAUUCGUGAUCAUCGUCCAGGUUUAUCAAAGUUGGAUACUCGAGCCAUCAAGUGUAUCUUUUUGGGUUACUUCCGUACCCAAAAGGGCUACCGGUGUUAUUCUCCAGUACUUCACAAAUACUUUGUUACUGUUGAUGUCUCCUUUUUCGAGUCCACCCCAUAUCCAAAUGAGUCAUUUGUUGGGUCUGAAUUGGAUGAUCUUCCCCUUUAUGUUCUCCAUCACUUUAACCCGCGGGUUGCCACCGAGACCGAGGUACCACCACCACCACCUCCUUUACAGGUGUAUAUACGACGUGUUCGAGAAGCAACAACAUCCCUUCUCCCUACGACACCUACCUUAUCAUCUUCGUCUACGGAUCCCACUCCAGGUAUUCCUCUUUCUGACUUAGACCUUCCUAUUGCACAAUGUAAGGGUGUUCGGAGUUGUACCCAACAUCCUAUUGCUGAUUUUGUGUCUUAUUCUGGCCUAUAUCUACUUUUUAUUCCUGUGUUUCUACUAUUUCCUGCCAUUCUGUUCCUAAGACUCUUACAGAGGCACUGUCAAGUCCUGGGUGGAGGAAUGCUAUGAGGGAAGAACUACUUGCAUUGGAUGAAACCAAACUUGGGAUCUUGUAUCAUUGCCCCCUGGAAAGAAAGCUAUUGGUUGUCGUUGGGUUUAUGUGGUUAAAGUAAACCUUGAUGGUUCUCUUGCUCGUUUGAAGGCUCGACUGGUCGCCAAGGGGUAUGCUCAGGUUUAUGGGGUUGACUACUUGGAUACUUUCUCUCUUGUAGCCAAGCUGGCCCUUGCGUGUUUUGAUUUCUCUUGCGGCCUCAUCCCAUUGGCCGUUACUUCUGCUUGAUGUCAAGAAUUCCUUUCUUCAUAGUGACUUACAUGAGGAAGUCUAUAUGGAGCAACCUCCAAGGUUUGUUGCUCAGGAGGAGUGUGGAAAGGUUUGUAAGCUCAAGAAGUCCUUGUAUGGCCUAAAACAGUCUCCUAGGGCGUGGUUUGGAAAAUUCACUGAUGUGGUGUGUGCAUUUGGACUAUCAAGAUGUGAUAGUGAUCAUUCUGUGUUCUAUCGGAAGUCUGAUAGCAAGAGGAUAUUUCUUGUUGUUUAUGUCGAUAAUAUUAUCAUUACUGGAAAUGAUGUUGAAGGAAUCCAAAGUUUGAAGGCAUAUUUGCAACAACACUUUCAAACUAAGGAUCUUGGACGGUUAAAGUACUUCUUGGAAAUUGAAGUUGCUCAGUCAAGAAAAAGAAUUUCUUUAUCUCAGAGAAAGUAUGUGUUAGACCUGCUCUCAGAAACAUGUUAGGAUCCAAGCCCGUUGAUACUCCAAUGGAUCCAAAUGUGAAGCUUAUGCCUGAAGGAGGUGAUGUGUUAGAUGAUCCUGAGAAAUACAGGAGGUUGGUAGGAAAGCUGAAUUAUUUAACGGUGACUCGACCUGACAUUGCCUUCCUUGUUAGUGUUGUGAGUCAGUUCCUUUCGUCCCCACAUAUGUCACAUUGGGAUGCCGUUGUUCGUAUUCUGAGAUAUCUUAAGAAAGCUCCAGGACGUGGCCUAGUAUAUUCAGUUCAUGGACACAGUCGUAUUGAAGGGUUUUGUGAUGUGGGUUGGGCUGGUUCUCCCAUUGAUAGAAGAUCCAUUACAGGAUACUGCAGUUUUGUUGGCGGAAAUCUUGUGUCUUGGAAGAGAAAAAAAACAAACUGUUGUGGUGAGGUUUAGUGCUGAAUCUGAGUAUCGAGCCAUGCCCCAUGUUGCUUGUGAGUUGAUGUGGAUAAAACAGCUUCUAAUAGAGCUUGGUUUAGGUUGCACUGAUUCUAUGCAGUUAUGGUGUGACAACCAAGCUGCUAUUCCUAUUGCUUCUAAUCCAAUGUUCCAUGAGAGGACAAAACACAUUGAAGUCGAUUGUCACUUUGUUCGUGAAAAACCACAACAAAGAGUUAUUUCUACAUGCCAUGUUCGCACAGGAGAACAACUUGUAGAUGUUUUUACCAAGUCCUUAGGGGGUGGUGGAGUGGAUUAUAUUUGUAACAAGCUGGGCAUGAUUAACAUCUAUGCUCCAGCUUGAGGGGGAGUGUUAGAAAGCAUCGUAGGAGAGGGAGGAGAUUGCAAGAUAGCACAGACUCCUCCCCACAAUAAAGUUAGUUCCCCAAUUGGGGUAGGAGUCCUAGUACACUGGGACUUGUGGUAAUUUACUAAUUAGAUUAAUUAGUUGUUAGCUAAUUAGUUUCCUAGUUUGUUUCAUAUUCCUAGUCAGAGUAGGACAGCUGUCCUACUACUAUUGUAGUUGAGAAUUAUCUAUUUAAUAAGAAGAGGAGGGCAGUCCAAUCUACAAGAUUGAGUCUGCCCACCGUAAAAGGCUCUCUCACUCUUUUCUCUCUCGGUCUCUCUCCCUCUCUUUUACUUAUUCUAUAUGUUCUACAAUCCAAUCGAACCACCUUCCGGUGUGAAGCCUGGGUGUUAUUCUCUGCUGUUCUUGUUCUGAAGAUGCUGAUAUACUACUGGAUAUCUGAUUCUUCUAGUUCUAAUUGCCAUUAACAAAUAAGUUCUAUUUCUGAGAAUUUCUGCGACUAGAACUAUUGCUUCUAGAAAAUCAUAUGCUACCUGUUUUUAGAGAUUAAGAAAUCCAGCCAUUAAAAUAUGUCCAGAUUUUGAGAGUUGUUCUUCAACCCUAAAGAAGAACUCGAUCAGAAUUCUGCAGUUUUUCAAUUCUGCCCUUGACUGGUAAUCUGUCCAUUAUUAAGUUAAAUCGAAUUUAUGACCUGUUUCAGCUGAGAUUUACGACCCAUAUACAGAAUUGAUUGGACUGUUUAGUUCCGAUUUCUGAAGUUUAUUUUGAUUAGUGAAGUUACUGAUUCGCCCUUCUCCUAGAUCAACUAGGAUUGGUCCCAAAGUUCAGAUCUGUUCAUUAGAUCGAUCUGUAAUUUGCAGCAGCUGUUCUACUAUUGAUUUGCUAGAUUUGAUUUGAGUUUGGAGUUAUUCUGACCAUCCGAUUUGCUGUUAUUUGAAAUCUCCUAAUCUGAAACUUAAUUCUGUGAGAAAAGAUCUUGUAUUCUGGUACUGUUUUGAUCUUUCAAUUACAGUACUACAAUACAUGUCAGAAAAAUUCUUACAAUUAGAGCUCCCUAAUAUAGACGUCUGCUUAGCUUUAUAUAGCACUCUAAAUGCCAGUUCAGCGUGAUUGUUGAAAGCCCUUUCAUUACCUUCAGGCCAAAUGCUUCCGAUGAACUGCAGGUGGAAUUAGUGACCAAAUUGUCCUGCUUCUCGGGGAUAAUCUCUGGAUAUUCACAAUGAGCAAUAGAGUGUGGAUCCUGUUUGCUAUAAAGUAGUGUAAUCAAGUUAGUUUAAUCUAGAAGAGUCCUUUAAAUUUUAGUGUUUAAAUUGGUGUUUGAAGGUUAAGAGUGAAUCGUGGAGUCAAUUUAGGAGCUUUUAUCUCUAUUUUUAUAAAUAGCAAUGUAACCAACCCACCCCUCCACUAUUUGAUUAUGGAAUGAAAUCUGGAUUUUCUGUUUUAGAAAAUGGAGUGGAAUCUCUCCUCUACCUGCCCCACUAUCUUCCCUCUCUCCUCUCUUUUCUCUUCUACGAUCUCUCAUUUAUUUUUUCUCCCUAUUAUCCUCCCUCUCUCUUCUAACCGAUAGCCUAUAUCUCCCUUUAUUUUGUUGCUUUAAGGCUUUGAAAUAGUGCUAUUCUGUUGUUGAUUUUAUCUGUAACAGCAGAUACAUCUCUACUUGCUUUGCAUCAAUCACUUGUGCUCACCAUCAGUAGAACCUGACAUUCGUUCUGUGUUAUUCCUUCAAGUAUCUUGUAUGUUCAAACUUAGUAUUGCUGUUGGAUUACAGCUUAAGGUGAAAAGGGGGAGGUGGUGCAAACAAAAUGCGUAAAGGUUGCAAAUAUUUGAUUUUUGGGAUUUGAGUUGAAACGUUAAAGAUUUCAUCCAGAUACUAAAGUUGUUCCAACUUUCCAACCAAUGAAAACUAUUGAAGCUUGGGGGGUCUGAGAAGUGGUUGCUGGCAUUUUCCUGCUCUACCAUUCUUGAUUGAUGUGGAUGAUAAUGGAUUGAUUCCCACCCGAUCUAGUCAUCCUCAAAGCCAAUGCGAAUGUGAUAGACUCUAGUCCAGGACCUAGUUUUUCUGUAUUUUUAAUGAUCCGUAAUUUUGGUGUAUCAUAGUGACUAUUGCUAAGAGUUCUACUACAUUCAUGAUUUUUUUUUUUUA